ACACGCUCACGCCCACUUCAUAGAUAAGCCUAUAAAUUCCCACACGUUUCAUCUCCCGCUUCCAUUCCCAAAUAAUUUUAACAUAACCCCAAAAGAGAAAAAAAGAAGAAAAGCUCCAUCACCUAGGGUUUCUGUUUUUUUUUUUUUUUCCCUCUUUAUCUCUGUCAUCAAUCAAUCAUGACAGGCAAAGCCAAGCCCAAAAAGCACACGGCCAAGGAAGUCGCGGUCAAGAUCGACGCGGCCACAACCAACCGAGGAGGUGGCAAGGCCGGAUUAGUUGACCGUACGGCGAGGGACAAGGGUGGACAUGCCAAGUUUGAGUGUCCUCAUUGCAAAACUACGGCUCCAGAUUUGAAGUCGAUGCAGAUUCAUCAUGAUGCUAAACAUCCGAAGAUUCCCUUUGAAGAGUCAAAGCUUGUGAAUCUUCAUGCUGGUUAUGUGGCUGAAUCUUCCAAACCUCGUCCUGGUGUUAGAGGCAGCUUUAAAAAGUGAAAAAAAAUGUUUAGGUUAACAUUUGGUGUUUUGCAGAUAUCUUGGGAUCUGGGUUUGAUUCUUCUUUCCUUUUUCCUUUUAAUUGUUUGUUAUGGUAGUAGUAAUGGAGAUGAGAAAGAGAAAGGGGGUUUGGGUGAAAAAAGAUUGGAUUGUUUUCGAAGUCCUACUUUGAUUAUGUAUGACGAUGACGGUGUAUAUCAACCCUUCUUGAUGAUGAUUCUGUUCUUGUAUUAGUAUAUGCUUGUUUUUAAUGUAUGAGUUUGUAUUGAUAGUUUAAGAACUUGUUUCUUGCAAACAUUUAAAUGUGAUUGCUUUGUUAACUUUGAUGGACUGUAAUUUCUUUUAGAGA